CUAUAUAGGGUUGGCUAGGGGAGAUCACUGGCAUCAAAGUAAUGCCCAGUCGGGAUUUGCCUAAGCCUAACCUCGCCCAACCUCUUCACUGCUUUACUCCCAAGACCCCAGAUGAAAACGAACAGAGGAAACAUGUACGGGUGUGACGGAAGUUGUAGUAUUAGCAGAACGUAGAAUAUUCUUGUCAGGAAGGGAAAAUCCGCUUCCGUGUUGAAUUUUUGAAUAGACAUAGUCUCCAUCAUUUCUUCGGACAGGGCACUUAAGCAGUGCGAUCACAUCAUCUUGGAAAUUCCUCACGCAAUGUGAUGUACUGCUCCAAAGGCAAGAGCCUCGUGGUAGCUGCGGUCAAUCAAAGAGGCUUCUUCUACAGGGACUGCGCAGUGCUUCUGGUACGUAAAAGAGUAUUGAGAAAUUGAAGGUCUGGAAGGCUUCUCCAACACCCAAGCAUUCCAGGAUGUAUAUCGACUUACCACUUAAUAAGGCGUCCUUCACCCUUGAUAUCUCUGGUGUCAUGGGGUUCUUCGGCGGGGAAGAAACGCUCUCUGCAAUGGCCACUGUCCAUCUCUACCGAGGCAGGCGUUGGCUUGUGUUCUCGGGCACAGAUAUGACGACUACAGGUUACCUCGCAUACCUCACGGCCCAGAAGGCAAAGGAGGCCAAGAAGACCCAGGAGCAGAUCUCCGGAGGAAGAAUAGGCUCACCGGGUUCGGUGAGCAUAAUAGAUGUCGACAACGUGAAAUUGCAGCAAGGAGACAAGGUACCGACGAAGGAGGUUUAUAAUGCGCUGUACGCUGCCAUACCCAUCACCAGCAGUCUCACAGCAUGCCUCGCUUGCGCAUUCGUUCGUGAUUGGCUCGCAUUUGGGUUGAUCGUGGUCGGCAUGGUUUCCAGUGGCCUAUCUUGCUUCGUCAUUGGUUCGGGGAGGCUGCAAUUCAAUCUCAUCAAGGCUGCGUACCAUGCGCCACGGGGAGACGGACUACUAUUGACGCGCAACGAUGUUGUCAUCUUGAAGGGCAAAGAAAAAGAUGUCACGUCAAUAACGAAGGCCAAAUUUGAGCUGAAAAUGAAUGGCGGCGAAGAGUUCCACACCGUUGGGGUCUGCUCGCUCCUGCUCUUGUCACAGUUCUUUAUUCAACUUCUCCUCGUUCCUCGAGCAACCCUGUUCGGUCAAAUCAUGUUCAUGUCGUCACUUGCGGUGUCUUGGGCAUACAACUCGUUUUUGUCAUCAUUGGAGAAAGAGAAGAUUCAGACAGACCUGCUGUGGAAAUCACUCGAUGAACCACCGAUUACGAAACUUGUGCUCCCCAAUAGAGCGUCACAAGCGGCGUGUGCUAAUAUGUUCAAGAAAUCAGCUGCGAACUUCAAGCCGAAGAAGAUCUUGGAGCGCAUGAUUCCAAAUGAUACAAGAGUUUGGGAGGCGUGGAGGGAGCAUGUAGCAAAGCAGGUAUCGAGUAAAGAGAAGUUCAAAUCGUUUGAGCCAGAAAAAGAAUUCUUAGCGGACUUCGAGGAAGAAGAACUGGAGCUCCUGAGAGAAAUGCUGGCGGACGCGAAGCACGGUUGGGAAUGUUAUCAAAAUCAACUGAUAGCUUGA